GUCUUUAUUUCAGAGCGGCAGGAGAGCAGCGGUUCAUCUCAACAUCCCUUCAUUUGGUAAAUUCAGCCUGGGCCUGUGGGGAGCUUCUCUGAAAACACCAUGUGGAGAAUUUGCAGCAGAGCUCUGGUAAAGGUGGGGAGGGUGAGGACUCUGGUUGCCGGCAGACACCUGAGCCACCAGAUGGGACUACCCAGCGUGCCCGUCCCCCCUCUGCAGCAGACCUGUGAGCUCUACCUCAGCAUCCUGGAGCCCUUCUUGGACGUGGAUGAGCUGAAGCGCACAAAAGAGCUGGUGAAGGACUUUCAGAAAGCAGGAGGGGUCGGAGAGAGACUGCAGAGAGGCCUGGAGAGGAGGGCACGCAGCACUGAGAACUGGUUAACAGACGAUUAUGUGAAGAGAGAUUUUCUCACUGAACGGAUGUCUUUGGUGGUUCUCUCCAACCCUGCCAUAGUUUAUCCCCGAAAGGUCUUCAGAGAGAAACAGGAUCAGAUAAGGUGUGCUGCAGAAUACAUCAAGGGCUUUUUGGAUGUAAAGACUUUGAUUGACACCAAUACUCUACCAGCUGAGUACAUGAAAGGGAAGCCGCUGUGUAUGAAGCAGUACCAGCAGCUGAUCUCAUCCUGCCGUGUCCCAGGUCUGAAAACGGAUUCGGUGGUGUUCUACGCCAAGAGCUCCAACCCCCCAAAACACAUCACUGUAGUACACAACAACCAGUUCUUUGCGUUGGAUGUGUACAACAGUGACGGGACCCCGCUGACAUGUGACCAGCUCUGUGUUCAGCUGGAGAGGAUCUGCUCCUUCUCACUACAGACCGACACCGAGCCUGUGGGCAUCCUCACCACCCAGCAUCGGGACAUCUGGACCAAAGCCUAUAUCAACCUGAUCAAGGAUAAGACCAACAGAGAGUCAGUGUCAGCCAUCCAAAGCAGCAUCUUCACAGUGUGUUUGGACGGAGCGAUGCCCCCGGUGUCGGAGGAGAGGUAUCGCAGCAGCGUCAUCCUCUGGCUCCUGACUGGAGGAGGCAGCCAGUGCAACAGUGGCAACCGCUGGUUUGACAAGGGGCUGCAGCUCAUUAUUGGAGAAGACGGGAUAUGUGGUUUAAACUUCACACAUGCCACUGCUGAUGGUAUAACCGCAAUCACGCUGUCUGAAUAUGUUAUAGCUGACAUAACCAGGAAAAAGCCACAGAUGAUGCGGCCUACUGUGGAGCCUUUACCCAUACCCCAGAAACUACACUUCAACAUCACACCUGAGGUCACGAAGGAUAUUGAGGAGGCCAAGCAUGAAAUGGACAUACUGGUCCGAAACGCAGAUCUGAGCGCUGCAGUGUUUGAUGACUUUGGGAAAAAUGUCAUGAAGGCCCACAAGAUGAGCCCCGAUGCUUUCGUACAAAUGGCUCUCCAGCUGGCCUACUACAGGAUGUACCAGCGGUGCUGUCCAGUAUUGGAACCUGCCUCCCUGCGAACGUUCAGACUCGGCCGUCUAGCUAUGAUGAAUUCAACCUCCGGAGCUUCAGCUUCCUUCGUCAAGGCCUUCGAUGACCCCAGAAAACAGAACUCAGAGAAGGUCGAUUUAUUGGAGAACGCUUUAAAAGCACACAGACGGAACAUUAACAUGGCGAUCAGCGGACACUCUGUAUUCGGACACCUCCUGGGUCUUAAGAUGCAGGCUGUUGAGGAAAACAGCGCCAUGCCUGAUCUCUUCACAGACUCCUCCUACUCUAAAGCCUUUGACUUCAGAGUCUCUACCUCUCAGGUAACGUUAAAGUUUGGCUGUCUGCCGUGUGUUGGCCCUGAAGAUCCCGGGAUCUACAAAGUGACCUACAGCAUCAUGGACGAUCACAUUGACUUCAUGGUGUCCACCUUUGAAACUUCUGACACCUGCAAAGAAACGAAUGCACCCCUUCUGCUCCAAGCCUUGAAGGACGCACUGUUGGACAUGAGGACCCUGCUGGACCAAACACCAAGAGCCAGACUGUGAGCUUAAUCCAGACUCACAGCAGACGUUGGAUAUUUAGUUUGAUUUCUUGCAGAGUUAGAGGAGAAGACCUUUUAAAUGUAAGAUUACAUCCAGCAGCCGGUUAGCUUAGCUGAGUAAGGGAGACCGGGGAUGGUUCGAACACGGGUCACUUCUAACAUGUCCAGUUUCUCCAAUCAGGAACAUGUUACAAACCACCUGAUUCACUCUGCCUAUGCUCAGUUUAGUCCUUAUUCCACAUGGGGAAAAAGAAGCAGCUCAGACAAUUUUAGAAUGAAGAAAUCAUUUUGAUGUGAGAGUCUGUUUUCUUGCAGGUUGUUAAUACUGCUGUUUUAGCUGUAAGUUAAGCUAGUUCCUGGCUGCAGGAGUUGGUUGUAUAUAUGUUUUAUUUAAAUUUCCGUAUGUGUCCGACGCACACAGUAAUGUUUAAUUAUUUUAUUAUCAUGUUCAACAGUCAUUGUCAGACCUGCAGCCUCUCUGUGGGCCAUGAGGCCGGACGUCUGUCACCACUGUAACACACACACUCAGAUCCAGCUGGUGUACUUUAUUAUAAUGUUCACUACUAUUACUGACAGUAACUAAUAUACUUGGAACCCCCCCCCCCCAC